CGACAAGGCCCCUCCCCGCCCCCCUGGGAGCCCAGCUGUUCCCUCAGCGGAUUCUCAGGGACUGGUUCAUCACCUCCGAAUACUCCUGUGACAGGAGGCACUGGCAAAACCCGCCCCCAGCCCCAAGCGGCAAUAAAUAGAAGGCUCUGAGCCCAGGAGAAGGAGAAGUUUCUAGGCCCGCGUCCCUGGGUUUAUUAAGCUCCUGACGCUCCUCCAGACGUCUCAGCGGCUCUGGCUGAGAGCCUGGACAGCCUGGGAGGACAGUGGCUGGCUGAUCUCCGGUGAGGCAGUACGGAGAGGGGCCCUCUGGAAUUCUGCUGGGCCGGCUGGUGGUCGCCUCUGGAGUGCCUUUGGGGGCUGGGAUCCCAGCCGGGUAAACCCCCUCUGUCCUUGGCAGUGGAUGGUUCAGCAUUUUCUGAAACCGAAGAAUAAGCUCGGAGGGCCAGCCGCCCCCACAUCACCUUGCUGUGUGACCUUGGGCAGGUGGCUCCCUCUCUCUGAGCCUCUGUUUCGCCUCCAGCUCAGCAGCCAUGGCUGAUGGUCAGAUGCCCUUCUCCUGCCACUACCCAAGCCGCCUGCGCCGGGACCCCUUCCGGGACUCGUCCCUCCCCUCGCGCCUGCUGGAUGAUGACUUUGGCAUGGACCCCUUCCCCGACGACCUGACGGCCUCAUGGCGCAACUGGGCUCUGCCUCGAUUCUCCCCCGGGUGGCCUGGGACCCUGAGGUCAGGCAUGGUGCCUCGGGGGCCGACAGCUACAGCCAGGUUUGGGGUACCCGCAGAGGGCAGGAGUCCCCCACCCUUCCCCGGGGAGCCCUGGAAAGUGUGCGUCAAUGUGCACAGCUUUAAGCCAGAGGAACUGAUGGUGAAGACCAAGGACGGCUACGUGGAGGUGUCUGGCAAACACGAAGAGAAGCAGCAAGAAGGUGGCAUCGUUUCCAAGAACUUCACAAAGAAAAUCCAGCUUCCGGCAGAGGUGGACCCUGUGACAGUCUUUGCCUCGCUUUCCCCAGAGGGCCUGCUGAUCAUCGAAGCUCCCCAGGUCCCCCCUUACUCACCAUUUGGAGAGAGCAGUUUCAACAACGAGCUUCCCCAAGACAGCCGGGAAGUUACCUGUUCCUAAGACCCCAGUCUUGGCCCAUCUUUUUCCCUUGCCAUCCCCAGGGCUUCCUUGAUUCCGGAGUAUAUGACUUUAGCUGAAUUCAUAGAUUUAGUGUAACUAAAAUGUUGGGGGUGGGGGUGGACUGACCACGGACUCCCUGGCUAGGGUAAUAGUAGGCGUUUCCACAGGAUGGAGCAUUUGGCAGGUCAUGCUCAGUUGCCUGAGGCCAAAAUGCUGGGAGAUUCUCUUUCUUUACCUUUUUUCUCAUGAUGAAAAUGUUGCACAUUCUGUAGUUGCAAAACAGGUAGUAGGGGACAUGACAUUUCACACUGUAUUUUCCCUUGCAGCGAAUGCAAAGGUUGCUUCUCUCUGGGGACCUCCCUGUCACCCAGAUUCCUGUUCUGGGUUCCGACUUUCCAUGCCUGUUGUAUGGUUUGGUGGAUGGAACCCAUUAGCUCACUCUACUGUGUUUCUGCAGCGUUGGCCUACGAAGGGGGGUAGCUAGGUCUUACCUCCCCGUAUGGGAUUUAUGCAACAGCCACCUGAAAACAGUGCCUUCUGCUCCUCAGCCAAGCAUUUAUAUAGCAUGUUCCCAAACCGGCACUCCCUGGGGACUCUGGAAGCCCAUUUAUUCUCUGGCUAAAUCCCCCCCCCCACCCCUUUCUUGUGCCUCCUAUGUCCAAUUUGGGAUUUUUACAGAGGGGGCUGUCUCCAAACAGCUCCACCAGGAACCAAGCAAAGGCCAGACAGACUGGCAGGCAGGCUAGUGGUGUUAUGUAUAUGAGUGGGACUUGUGUGUCAUUGUUAUUUGAAUUGUGCUGUUGUUUAGGGGCAAAUAACAGUAAAUAAUAAUAAUAAUAAAAGAGCUGAUGUUCUUAGCCUUGUGUGCUUCUUUUGAUGGGGAAUGCUAAACUCUAUACCAUUUAGAGAUAUGAAAUGAAUUAGGAAUGCUUGUAGCUACAAAUAAUAAUAUACAACAAAUCUUGGU